AUGUCCUCGCCCAAGUCUCGCCCAAGGGAGGAUGAAGAGCCCGGACGCUCGCACAAGCGCGCCAAGAUAGACGUCGCUGAUGUGCAGGAUGUCGCAAUGGCCGUGGACGAAUCCAACGAGCCAUCCGCGGACGACACAACGCCUUUCGAACAACCCGCGAAUGACGACCCAGAGGUAGAGCAGGUGGAAGAGCCCAUGUUGCCACCCAGUCACGCCUUGCUGGGUGCACCACCACCGGUAUUUUCCUCUGACGGAACCAUGCAAUGCAUCAUGGAGACCGACGUGGGCAUUUCAGAAUAUAUUGGGCACGACGUGCCGAAGAUUGAAGGCAUCAUCAAGCAAAGAUUCACCGACUUCUUGGUGUAUGAGGUGGACCUGGAUGGCAACGUUAUCCAUGUGAAGUCCCUCACAAAGCCAGAAUCUUCACCCAAAAAGAAGGAAGACACUAAGGAGAACCACCCUGCUGCAGAAGAGGGGGCUCCUUCCGCGCAGCCUACUUCUGAUAGCACUAAUGGACCCGUUCCUCCGACUACAGAACCCUCUGAAAAGGCGGACGAAUCCACGGAAGCUGCAGAAAACGUCGUCGCUGAAAUGGCGGGCACUCCAAACGCGGCUCCCAACUGUGAAUCCUCGCAGACACAAAAUGAGCCAUGGCCCGAGCAAUUCACUGCAAAGUUGACUGCUUUCCUCUCGGAAGAGACGGUCGUUAAGAUCAAGGAACUCUACUUGGAGGGCCCAGAACCUCCCUUCGUCAGCGACAGCGGCUGGGGCGGUCGUCAGGCCAAGCCCGCCGAAGACGACAACAAGCCCGAAGGCGAAGACACCCCCGCGGCACCCGAAGCGCCAGAAGAAGAGCCCAAGCAAGGCCGAGGGAAGCGCGGACGCGACCGCGGUGUGCGCGGGGGACGUGGUGCACGCGGCGGAAGGGGAGGGCGCGGUGGGCGACCAGGCGCGCGGGAGGACCACCGCAGGGUGCUGACCGAUCCCAUCGCGUCCAAGACGACGCGCACCGGUCUGCACCAGGCGGUCCGCGAGCUCUUCGGAGGGAAGCUUGAUACGGAGACGGACCUGAACACGCCUGCGGACGAUGAGGGCUCGCGCAUAGUCAUCAAAUGGUCGCGAAGAGGCAGUGGGCGCGGUGGUGCGCGGGGAGGCCGCGGGGGCCGUGGGGACAGGCCCGAGCGGGGGAACUACCCACCGUACAUCCACUUCACGAUGCAGAAGACGAACCGCGAUACGCAGGAUGCGCUCGCGCACCUCUCGCGUAUUCUGCAUGUCAACGUGAAGGAUCUCUCCGUUGCAGGCACCAAGGACAAGCGCGGCGUCACCGUCCAGCGCGUGUCUCUCCGCAGGGGAAACAAAAGCGUCGAAGACGUGUGGACCAUGGCAAACGGUGUGAACGGCCGGCGGACAGCCGAGGAAGCGUUGACGCGCCGAGGGGAGCGCGGUAUCCGUAUCGCCGACUUCAAUUACAGAAAGGCGAGCUUAGAGCUUGGCCUGCUGAAGGGAAAUGCGUUUGUGAUCACCCUAAGAAAUGUACAAGUUGACUCGAUGGAAACUCUCGAUCGGGCCAUGAAUUCGAUCAAGAACAAGGGCUUCAUCAACUAUUAUGGUAUGCAACGCUUUGGAACCGCAUCUAUCCCAACACAUUCGAUCGGCCUUGCUCUCCUCAAGUCCGACUGGCAUCGUGCGGUAUCGCUGAUCCUAAGGAACAGGCCGGGCGAACACCCUGACGUAGUCGCUGCACGGGACGCCUGGCUAGUCGACGGUGACCUAGACAAGGCACUCGAGCUCAUGCCGCGACGUGUCGUUGCGGAGCGUUGCAUUCUCGAAAGCUAUAAGAAGCAAGGAGGCGACACCAGGAAUGCUAUGGGGACGCUGUCGACGAUCCCCAAGAACCUGCGCCUCAUGUACGUGCACGCCUACCAGUCGUACGUGUGGAAUGCUAUCGUCUCCGAGCGCAUCAAAAUGCACGGCGCAGAGAAACCGGUUGUCGGUGACUUGGUAUUCGAUACGUCCUCUGAAAAAGGCGCCGAUGAGGACCCAGAAGCCACGGCGGAGCUUGCUGAGGGCGAGCAGCCAGUGGAGGACAAGGACGCUGACAACGAUGCCCUCUCUGGGCGGUCAAGUAAACGGUCGAGAAAGCCCUGGGAGCCGUUCAAGGUCAAGACUUUGACUGAGGAGGACGUUGACAAGUACUCUAUCUUCGACGUGAUCAUGCCUCUGCCCGGAAGGGACGUUGCGUAUCCGGGCGGUGCCCUAGGAGAGCGCUACAGGGAGUUCCUAAGGACUGAUGGCCUGGACCCGGACAACUUUGUCCGCAAACAAAAAGAGUAUAGUCUCGGUGGCUCCUAUCGCAAGAUCCUGCACCUCCCGAAGGAGCUGUCUUGGUCUGUGCUCAGGUACACAGACCCGGACGUCCCUCUCGCUCAAGCGGACGAAGACAAGCUCCUGGGCUUCGAACCACCGGUCGUUGUAGAGGACGGCAAGUUCCUAGCACUCCAGAUAAACUUGCAGCUUGGGACUGCGGCAUACGCGACCAUGGCGUUGCGGGAGGUGACAAAGACGGAGACGAGCUCGCACUAUCAGACGACUCUGACACAGGCGUCUGAGGAUCAAAAAUACAAGGCAUCUGCUGAGGCCGACGGUGAAGUAGUCGAAACGUGACGCACAUGUACUAGUCCUCUAAACGGACCAAAACCCACAUGUUGUAGCGUAUAGUCUGGUGUAUUUUCGUCUUAUCUCUGUCUGAAUCAUGUUGCGAUGUCUCGUCUGGGACAUCUCUUGAUCAA